UGUCAUGUUAUUUGAUAAAUACAUUGAUUAAAGCUUUGUGACACUUCUGAUGUUAUUCCCUUUUUCCUUUUUAGCCCUCUGUGUUUGUUAUGUGUUUGGUUGUAUUAGAGAGAAUCAAACUGUAGACAUCAUAAAAGGUAGUCAUAGGAAGUGAAAGAAAGGAACAGAGAGGGGACUGUUUUUACUUUUUCACCAGUGACAUAUUAAUUAACAGAAGCUGAUGUGUCAAAGAAAAAUGAGAAAUCUUACUUGGUAAGGAUAGAAACUUAUACCAAGCAUACCUAGCAAGUGAAUUUAAUCCAUCCUAAAGCAGAAAAUUGAAUUCCUCAAUGAAAAUAAUGAAACUGCCAUCUGUAUCGUAACAGAAUUAAAUAAAAAUGAUGUCUAAAUAGUUUUGAUGAGAUGGCACCAAGGAUUUGGCCUAGCGGCAAUGAAGUGAGUGAAAAUUAUGGGAAGAGCAGGGUUUACAUCCUAGCAAACAUAGACGAAGCUAGGUAAUUUUUCUCCAUCUGUCUAAAUUUUGGUGGGUAUAGUUAGUUACUCGAUACUUGUGCCGGCGAAAGAAAAUAGGUACCAGUUAGAAUAGUUGAGGUGUAGAUUUGAUUUGCUUUCUCUUUUUUGACGUAGGAGCACACUGAUAAAAUGGGAGUUCAAAUAAGAGGAUGGAGUAUCUUUUCCUACUGUGCUUUCUCAAGUUGAGAAGGAAGUGCAUGAAGAGGUAAAGACAAUGGAGGAAAAGAAUAAUGAAGUGAAACCUAAAGAGGACUGUCCAAUUCCAGUGGUGUCUGAAUCAGUAGAAAAGAUACAUACAGAGAGUGAAUCUCCUGCCAAUGAAGAGAUAAAGAAGAGUGAUGAGGAAGAGAAACCGAAAGCAGAAGAACCAGCACAAACUGUUAUCGAAGAAAUAAAAAAGAAAGCUGAUGAGGAUGAGAAGCCUACAACAGAAGAGGUAAAGAAAACCGAUGAUGCCGAGACGCCUAAAGCCGAACAACAACCAGCAGCAACCACUGCUACUGAAGAAGUUAACAAGCAUGUUGUAGUACUAAACAAAGAGUCCGCCCCUGAACCGGAAGCUGAGAGUGUUCCAGAAGAAGCAGGUGAUGUUGUCAAAGGUGAAUUAGAAUCUGAAAAGGUUGAAAUUCCACAGAAAGAAUCUGAGAAAGAGCUGCAGGACAAGCCAACGAUAGAAUCAGUUGAGGCUGAUGAGGACAAGAAGGAACAAGUAGAAGAAUUACAGGCCAAUGAACCAGUGAAAGCCGUGGCAAAAGAAGAAGAAGUUUCAGAAGCAGACCAAAAUAAGGAAACAAGUUUAGAACCAGUUGCUAAUGUACAGGACAAACUGGCUGAACAACCAGAAGUUACCGAGAAGAUUGAGCAAGAACCUGCUGAGACUAAGUCUGAAGAUACAGAGGCUGUAAUACCAAAAGAGGAAGAGACUGAAGCACCACUGAAGGAGGAGGUGGAAAAGGUUGAAGAGAAUGAUAUAAAAGAUGUGAAAGCUAAUCAAGAAGAUGAGAAGAAAAGUGUUGUAACUGAAGCGAAGGAAGUUGAAACAUCAGAACUUACUGAAAAAGCCCCAGAAGUUAAGAUCGCUUCCAGAGGCACUGAACUAAUUGCUGAGAAUGGAAACAACGAGGAAGAGAAUAAUGUUACCACAGAAGUCACUGAAGCUACUGAAGUUGAGAAGAAAGUGGAUGAGGCCACUGCUACUGUUACUGAAAAAUCAGUUGAAGAGCCUCAGAAGCCUGAGACAGAAACAAAAGUAGAAGAAGAAACUGCCGGAGAAGUUGAACCAAAGUUGGAACAAGAGGUAAAAAUAGAUGCGGCUAAGGAUGGUGAAGAAAGGAAAACUUUGGAAGAAGCUUUUAAAGAAGAAAUUCCAGCCAAAACAAAGCAAUCAAACAACCUUAUUUCCAAGAUGAAGCAGUCUCUUGUGAAGGCUAAGAAAGCAAUCAUAGGGAAGUCUCCAAGCUCCAAAUCUGAAACAAAAAAUGAAGUCACAGCCAAAUAAAACACAUCAGCAGCAGUGAAACUAAGAAAAAACAGUACAGUGAUAAUAAUUUGUGAGUAACUUUAUUUGUUGUGUGAUUUUUCAUUCUUGUUUUUGUCAUCAGGGGUCCUGCUAUAUUUCCAUUUUACCCUUUUGUUUGCUGCAAGUUUUAGUUAUUAUCCUAGGUAUACCAUAGUUGUGCUUUUAUUAGUCCUGCAAACUAGAAAGGGUGGUUUUCUUGAUUUCUUCAUAUUUGAUCUCUGCAUUCGAUUUGUGUGAUUGUGGAAGAACUUAUUCAAUUAAUUGGUUGGUGAUGUACAUAAAGAACUGUCACAUUAAUGAAUAUUAGUUUUGUUAUUAUUUGUCA